AUGCCUAGAGCCGAACAACAAGCUUGUAAGGGAAAUAUGGGAACAGUAUCGGUGAAGGUAGAACUUCUAGGAGGGAUGGACCAAGUGUUCCAUUCUGACAAGACUCUGAAGCUGAAGGUUUCAUCUCCUUCAAACGAAGUUACGGUAAAAGACUUAAUUGAUCACAUGGCUGGUCUGAUUGACAACCCACGUGAUCUAGACAUGUUUAUACAAGAAGAAACCGUUCGUCCUGGAAUACUAGUGUUGAUCAACGACACAGACUGGGAGUUAGAAGACAAGGAGGAGUAUAUUUUAGAAGAUGGUGACCUGGUUUCGUUUACAAGUACAUUACACGGUGGUUAA